AUGCCGGCGGGACAUGGUGUGCGGUCGCGGACGAGGGACCUCUUCGCGAGACCGUUCAGGAAGAAGGGCUACAUUCCUCUGACGACCUAUCUGAGGACAUACAAGAUCGGAGACUUCGUCGACGUUAAGGUGAACGGCGCUGUCCACAAGGGCAUGCCGCACAAGUUCUACCAUGGCCGCACUGGAAGGGUUUGGAACGUCACAAAGCGCGCCCUCGGCGUUGAGAUCAACAAGCAGGUAGAUCCCCCUCUCUCUCCCCCAACCUUGUGCACAUGAAUUCCAAAUUGAGUUCUAAAUUUGUUUCGGGCGAUGUUUAUAAUCAGUCCCUCGUGAGAUCCGUCUAGAGUCUCUGUAGUUCUUCUCUUUAUUCGAGGACAAGUUUGAUUUCAUUCGCAGUGUUUUUUCAUCUCGUGUCAUUUAUGUGCUUGAAGAUUCCGAAUGGCUCUGUGAUCGAAAUAUGCUCUCUAUAAUGAUUUAUAAUCGUCUUUUGGUGAUGGCUGAUGCGAAUUGGGAUUUUUCUUUUCUAGGUGGGGAACAGGAUCAUCCGGAAGAGGAUCCACGUCCGCGUGGAGCACGUUCAGCCGUCGAGGUGCGCAGAGGAGUUCCGCCAUAGGAAGAUCAAGAACGAUGAGCUGAAGCGCGAGGCCAAAGCCCGCGGGGAGAAGAUCAGCACCAAGCGCCAGCCGGAGGGUCCCAAGCUCGGCUUCUUGGUGGAGGGCACCACACUCGAGACGGUCACCCCCAUCCCUUACGACGUCGUCAACGACCUCAAGGGCGGCUACUGA